AUUUAGCUGCGUUUAGCCACUAAACUUGCUAAGUAGCAUGUUAUUAGGAAAGGCGAACGCAAAGAUGCAUAAAAAAACCCUUAUACUCACUUCUGCUGUAAGUGAAGCUGGAUCACGAAUGAUUUGCGUGAACAUAGACGGAUAUGUGUAGAUCUGGAGGCGCAUUCCCUUCACAAACAAACGUAAUCCACUGUAUCUUCAGCGGCUCAGAUGUCGGGAGUAAAUGACGACCACUAUGUUCAUUAUUACAUCCAGCAACACAACACCUCUAUUCUCGUCUAACUUACAUCCCUGCUCCGGCAUCAAAACAAUGGAGGUCGGACCGUUACAGCUGAUCUGAGGUAAGACGCUCAUGUCAAUCAACUAUCGUGGGAGCGGCCUCUCUGACAGGCAUCUGAGAAUGGCUCGAUCUGAAAAAAGGGAUAUUAUUUUUAAAGAUUAAUUAAAAACCACUGCAUGGAUUUUUAUUAUUACAGGGUAGAUGUGUACAUACACUGCCAACACACAUUAAUGUUCAAACAACAUGUAAAAGUAAACUUUGCAUCCGAUGACCCCUUUAAAUAAAAGAGACAUUUUUUUAAUGCAACGGCCAGUUUGUUACUUACCCACUGAUGGGCAUCUCACAGGCUUCCUACAUGCUCUGAUUAUAUUCAACCAAAGCUGAAAGCAUGCCUUGGAUAUCAAGGUUCUCCAGACUGUAAUACAAGGAUGUUGUUUCCUUUCUCUCCCUCUCUGAACCCAAUUACUAACUGAAAUGUGCACCUGGAAUGUGAGGAGGCGCACUGAUUGUUUAGACAUUUUGUUUAUUUGGGCAGAUCAAGGCGCUGAUCCAACAGGCCAAACACACAUAUGCGGUACAAACAAAUGACCUGGACAAUCAGCUAGUUUGCAUUGCUAAUGUGAUGAGACAGAAUUAAUUCCAACAAGUGCAACACAAAGAACAAACAGAGCUAACGGAAAACAAUGCGAGUAAAAAGUUUGGACACACUUCACUGAAUUUGUUUGUCGUGAUCUUAAAACCCCGUUGAUCUAAAGACUUGAGCUUAAAUUUUAAUUUGUUUUGUAGACAAAUAUAAAUUGUCUGUACUUUCUUUUAUACAAAACUUGAAUUAUAUAUAAUUAUUUCUCUUUUUUUUCUUUCUGUAGUGGAUGAGUUGGAGUGGAAAGUGGCCAGAAAGUAUGCAGCACUCCAACACAAAGGAUGCCCUUCAUGAGUAGAGACAAGCACCCUGCGGCGAGACCUGGAGCUAUUUAAUGGCCAUUACGCCGAGCACUGCCCAGAUUACGCACGGUAGUUAGAGCUCAAACCUCAAACGUGACAUCUGAAGAAAAAUGGAAGACAUAUUUUUUGAUUUCGAUGCUCAAGAUGCUGCCACAGACUUUGCCUUCUGGGGCCAAAUGGACCCCAACUUCCAGUUCCAGUCUCAGCUGGACACGCUGCUCUUUGACUGCAGUGCAAUGACAGGUCAGCUGUCUCCCUGGUCCUCUUUCGGAUGCCAGUCCGUGUUCCCCGAGGCUCAGCUGACCUUCACGGACUUAGACUCGCAGUCUCCGCAGCUGGAGGUCGGUGCUGAAGUGGACAGCUCCUUAGUGGACGAACCCCAUGAGAUCGGCAAGCGCAGAACGCAGCAGCAGCAGCGGCGCUUGACGUCUCAUCAUCCGUACAAGGUGCAGCGCCACGCCGCCAACAUCCGGGAGAGGAAGAGGAUGCUCAGCAUCAACUCUGCGUUUGAGGAGCUGCGCUGCCACGUGCCCACCUUUCCCUACGAGAAACGGCUCUCCAAAAUAGACACGUUAAGACUGGCCAUCGCUUACAUCGCCCUGCUUAGGGAAAUCCUCAUGUCAGGCUGUGACCCCAAGUCAUACGUGGAUGAAUGCAUGAAGAACGGCUAUAAGAAUCAGACCAACGCCAUCUGGAACACAAGCGAUCUGACAGCUCGGCUCUCUUGGAUAAAGUGGGAUUAACUGCGGCAUGGGCCGUGAAGAGAGAUGCCGCCUCUCCCUCCUUUCUCACGCUCCUCUUCAAUGGUGGCAUGGCACGACGACUCCGCGACAUCUGCAGACUUCUCACCGUGCUACACCUCCUGGCACUCAGGACACUUUUUAUAUUCUAAUUUGUUGUGGGUUAGAAUCAGGCCCCCUUUUGCUCAUCCAGACGUGCGUUGUUUGUUGUGAAUGAGGCCUUAACGGGACAAAGCCGUGGCACUUGUGCCUGUGUGCAAGAUGAGAGAAUGGCAAAAGGGCGGCAGUUCGAAUUUGUUUUCAUGUGCUUCACUGUUGAAAGCAAAUCGAAAGGGUUUGGCCUGGCAAUGUGCCUAACAGCCACAUUCAGCAGUGACAUUUUGUCACAAAUUGACAUUUUUAUCACAACAGUAUUUAUUUGUUAAUUUAUUCUUUUUAUUUAUUAAAAAUGUUUGUUUUUUGACUUUUAACUUUUUGUGAUUGAA